UCGGGGAACUACUCCUCCGAGAUGCAGUCUCUCCGUGUCGUCCUGGUCGCUGGUCUGGCGCUGCAGAGCCUCCUGGGGCUGGCUGACUCUUCCCUGCCGCUGCCUCCGUACAUCAAAGCAUGCUCGAGGAACGACCCUAAUUUGAACGAAUGUGCCAAAAAGAAUGGAAACGCGGCAAUCCCUUACAUCGUGAAAGGCGACCCCAAGUACAAGAUACCGGUGCUCGACCCUCUGGUCGUCACGGAGCUGCGCGUGGAGCAAGGCACCAAAGAGGUGAAGAUAGACCUGCACGCCACGGACAUGAAGAUCACCGGCCUGAAGGCGAUGCACCUGGACGAGUACAUCACCGACCUGGAGAAGGGCACCAUCAAGGUCAAGGCCACCAUCCCGUCCAUGGCGCUGGACUCCAAGUACACCAUCGACGGCGCGAUCCACGGCCUGCCCAUCAAGGGAGACGGAGAUCUGCACAUCACCCUGGUUGAGUAUUUGCCAACCAUCUACUACCGUAUGCAGUACGUGGAGAGAAAGGGUGAGAAGUUCAUGGACUUGCAUCCCACCAGCUUCCACGCUGACGUCAAGAACGGCACCAUCAGGCUGUCCAACUUGUUCAACGGCGACAAAAACCUGGGAGACAACAUGAACAUCUUCAUGAACGAGAACUGGCCUACCCUGUACACGGAGCUGUCGCCGGCCAUCGAUGAGGUGGUACAGCAGAUCAUGGACAAGAUCAUGUCCGUCCCCAUGGAGUCUGUGCCUUUCGACAACGUCUACCCGGAGAAGGUGUGAGGGCUUCUCGGCGAGAGGGGCGAAGAGGGGCGUUAGUGCGUAGUGACCAAGGGGGGUGGGGGGAAAUAACAUUCGCGGAUCCAUUUCCAGAUAGGAUCAUGAGUAGGGACCGGAAAAAUCCCUACGGGUUCGACGACCUGCAGGAUGAUCUCCGUAGUUCCACGUGCACUCGGUCAAAUGUACACACACUCAUUGGCUGCCGUCUUUUUGAGAAGUCCCAACGUAGGCAGCCUGUGAUUCGAUAAAGCUUUCGGUCGGUUGUUCCUCAUCGGCCCAGAGUCAUCCAGGUGAAUUGCGAGCCAAUAGCAGAGGCAACACUGAGGUAUAACUAUUUGUAUUUUAAGCCUAUCGCGAAAUGAAUUCGCGAGUUUUUUUCCGGUCUCUGAUCAUGAGUAGGGGCAGGCAUUUCUCGCGAGAGAAAAAAAUAUGUGAACGUCUAUUAUAUUGCAAAAAGGUAUACCCUCACCAGCAGUUUCUUCUUUGUGACUGGCGGCCGUCUGCGAGAGAAGUCGUCGCCUUAUUUUCACCGGGCCACUCAGGACGCGUUCGCACCCGCGCUGAAUUACUGUGAUUGGUGUUGUGACAAUCGCCAGGUAUACCUGAAAGAAACUCGACCCAAUCACGAAACACACAGACGAUGCUACGGUGUUUUAACUUUUGCUAGACUGGGAAUCUUUUCGCGAAAUAUGCAUGGCUCUAAUCAUGAGACUUUCGGUGAUUUAACUCGUAGCGAAAUCGACUUAAAGGAUCUGCAUUAUUUAAACGAUUGGACUACAGAUCCUUUGUAACGCCCUGGAUGACGUUUUUUCAGUGAGAAUCAAUUUGAAGCCCAUCCCAAGUUUUGAACGUUUCUUUUGACCAUUGUUAGAUUUUGGCUUGAUUACACAAAAAAAAAAUAGGUUCGACCAUCCUGGUGGGUAAAAUAUUUGAGAAAUUAUUGUAGCUCUAUAACGUUUUGGUAGAAAUCCUCCCGUUCGGGGUUUAUUUUUCCAACCAGGGAAGACUUGACAGUUUUAAAUGUACUCAAUUAAUGAAGAAAAUAAACUGCAUUUGCUGCCGUUUGUAAAGGAAGCUAUCAUUUUAUAUGUCUAAGACCCUGGGGAAUCGUGUCAAAUUGUUAAUCAAAUGGAUGUUCACCACUGUCCCGACGUAUGAUAGGUCGAGUCGAAAGAACGAGGAUCGAACCCCAAAUGAAAAAAAAAGACACACAUUAUUGUCGUAACAUCUUAAGCAAAAAUGGCAGGUUUUCUGCCUUCUGUAUUUUCUUUCAACCUUGAGGUCGACCUGUGAGGCAUGAUGAACUUACGUCCUUCUUCCCCGCUUCUGCAGCUAACUACACCGCAUAUGUUGUAUCCUCUGUUAUUAUGUUAUUAAAUGUGGAUUGUGGGUUACGUCACAAAAAAAAUUACAGUCGUAUUAUUUGUGUGUUCCUGUCUUUGAUUAAUUGAAUUUUAUUUUAAACAAUGGUUUAAAUGCAAGAAAAUAUUUUAAGAAAAACUCAUAGGCCAGGAAAUAUUGCUUCAGUGUAUAUAUGUGUGUGUAUAAAUACAUUAAGAUAUUUUUUACUUGCUUAACGUCUUGUAGACAGUUUAUUCAUUAUAAAUGGAUUUUUUUUACAAAAGUCGUCAGUGAAGUACCUAAUAUUUUCGUUGGGAAUCAACCGUGACCCGCGUUGAGGAAUACUCUCAGAACUCCUGUUAUUUAAACAAAAAUUAUGAACUAAUAUUUUUUUAGGAACAUGUUACAAAUGCACAAUGAUUCAUGUUAUUGGAUGGGUUUUAAUUAAAAAAACUUACAAGCCAA